UUGACAUGACGCUUCGAAAGUCAGUAGACGCUUCUCUUCCUGUUUAAGUUUUCUGAGCAACACUGGUGGAUUUUAACAUUGCAUGCCGCUAAACCAAUAUUGUGAUGCUGAUUUUCCAUUGCUUUUUACCUUUGGUGUAUAAUUGUGUUCCAUAUGGUAAGGGCGAUCUACUUUUUACUUCUAUACAGGAGGUUUACGAGAGUAGCUGCAUGACUGUCACGAGUGGCUAGCUGUUUUUGGCUAAAUUGGUGCUAACUAAUGAAAAAAACAAUGAGGACCUUUUCAAGUUCACCACCCCUUCAUGUACAUAUCAAUGAAAGCACACCAGUACAUGUCCAUGUGAAAAGCACCCAAAGACCAAGUCCCAUCCGGAGCCCACAGGGAAAGACAAAAAAUGACCCUAAAGGAAACCUACAUCCAGCGGCUAAGGCAAAAACGCGGGUUCCAUGGAUACCACCAGGAAGGUCUUGCACAAGGGAUUCAACAUACAAAUGGGAGGGCCCCAGUCAUCGCCUGGAGAUCCCUCCCCUCCCUGAACCCGAGCCCUCGCACUCUACUGGGCUAAGAUUGGCUGAUCUGUCAUCUGAGGAAGAAGAGGUGCUUCAUGGACGAAUCAGUCAAUACGAGCAGAAGAUUGACAGUUUGAUGACGGAGGUCGGCUCCUUGAAAAGUGAGGUGGAGCUGCGGAAGAAGGAGCAGGAGCUGAGCGUCUCCCAGCGGGUCAUCGCCGAGCAGGAGGAGGAGCUGGCCGAGGUGGCCAAGGAGCUGGAGAUCACGGAGAGCGAGAACUCACGCCUCCGCCGCUCCAUGGAGCUCAUCAUGGGGGAGGGCGCCAGAAGGUUGGACAGGGACCCCGAUGCCCACCAGGACCGAGACGCACUCCUGCAGAAACUCCUGGAGGCCGAGGGGGACGGGAACGCCGUGGCACAGCAGGUGUCCGCCCUCCGAGAGUCUGUCGCCGAGCUGGGAGGUUGUUCCGGGAGUAAGGGGAGGAGGCUUUCGGGCUCGGAGUCGACCAUGUUAGCCCGUGAGAAGGACCUUCUCCUGCAGAAGCUGGGGACCUUUGAGGCCACCAACCACACCCUCCGCCAGCUGCUCCGGGAUCAGCACGGUAGCCAGCUGGAGUCGAUGCGACUGGCAGAGCAGAAGGACUCGCUGUUGAAGAGGCUGACUGAUGCAGAGGCAGAGAAUGCGCAUCUUGUAAUAAAGCUCCAAGAAAAAGAGAAAGAACUUGAUCAGCUUUCCAUACUUUUGGAUACAGAAAAGGAUAACGCCAAAACCUCAGGAGAGUUGACCAAGGCCUUGGAGUCAACACGGGCCCAUUUGCAGGGUCAGCUUCGCAGCAAAGAAGCAGAGAAUAACCGCCUUGCUGUGCAGAUCAAGAACCUGGAGCGAGCAGCCAAUCAGCAGAAGGGCGAGAUGGAGCACCUCACAGAUCAGCUGGCCACGCUGAGGCAGCAGGCGGGGGUGGACCGCGAGGCGCUGAAGAGAGCCACGCGGGCCCAGAAACACAGGGCCGAGCGCAGUGAAGACACCGCAGAGCAGCUGAGCAGCCAGCUAUUUGAUAUGGAGAGACAAGUUUCGGAUGCGUUGUCCGCAGCUGAGAACUGGCGAACUUGUCACGGCCAGGAAGUCAAAGAAAAGGGUCAAAUGCAGAUUGAGCUGGCAGUGUUGAACAGUCGCGUGAAGGAGCUGAGCGAGCAGCUGCAGACCACGGAGGACAAGGGUCGGUUGGAGAGAGAGACGCUACUGGGACACCUGCAGGGCCUCACCUCCGACGGCACCGCCGCCAAGCUGGAGAACCAGAGCCUCAAGGCAAUGCUCUCUGCAGUGGAGGAGAAGCUGAGCGUGGCCCAGACGGACGCUCAGCAGGUCAAAUCUACCGUGAAACAAUAUGAAGGCCUGCUGGAUGGAUACAAGACCCAGGUGGCCAAGACGCGGGCGGAGGCCGACGAGUACUGUGCGCGGCUGGGCCGGGCGGAGCGCGAGGCCCUGGGCGUGCGCCAGGAGCUGGAGCGGCAGGUGGACCAGGUGCGGCGGGAGCUGCUGAGCCGGCUGACGGAGCUGGAGCCGCUGCCCGACGCCCUGCGGCGCUCGGAGCUGCUGCUGCAGGAGACCCACGACCGGGAGCACACUCAGGAGAGGCAGAGCCUGGAGCUGGGCUCGGCGCUGGCCGACCUGCGCCGGAAGGUGGAGACACAGGGAAGCCAGGUGGAGCUUCUGAGGCAGAAGAACACGCUCCUGUUGGAGGAGAACAAACAGCUUCAGCACAGAUUGGAACAUUUAGAACGGAAGUUGGAGGAGACGAGCAGUCAGAACGGGGACCUGCUGGCCGUCAUCGCCAAGCGGGAGGAGACCAUCCAGAGCAACCAGUCACGCCUGGAGGACAAGAGCAGGGAGUGCAGCCUGCUCAACCGCAGGCUGGAGGACGCCUUGGAGGACGCCCGGCAACAGGUUUCCGAGACCAGGGAACGCGCCGCGACCAAAGAGCGUUCCACCAAGUCCAAGAUGGUGGAUCUAGAGACCCAGCUGAGCAGGACCACCACAGAGAUCAACCAGCUGCGACGAAGCAAGCAAGAGGUGGAGCGUCGGCACCAGAGCCGCCUGCAGGACGUGAAAGACCGCCUGGAGCAGUCGGACAGCACCAACCGCAGCCUGCAGAACUACGUCCAGUUCCUCAAGGCGUCCUACGCCAACGUGUUCGGAGAGUCGGCGCUCACCAGCACGCUGCGCUCCCAGUCGCCCCUCUGACGGCCUCCCGGGUCGUCUCCAUGAGCAACCGGCAAAACGUGUGUGGGUGGGGAGAGCUGCUGUUGGCGCAGAGAUACAAGUGUAUCUUGCAUGUCUACACACGAACCCAUAUGUGCAGGAUGGUGAUUUACCUCCUCAGCCCUGUCCAGAUCCCUGAACACCUUAACAUGCCGUCCGACUCUGUUAGCGAGAUUCCAACCAUUAUUGUCAUUCAUUGGUUAGUAGAUUUUCCCUGUCUUUUGACAAAGUCUGUGAACACAUAGUGGUCUAGAUUUAUUUAUAUAGAACAUCCUUUCACAAGGUAGGUCAGCAGCUGUACACUACACUACAGCUAUAAACUGUGUUAGGACAAGGGGGAAUUUGCAACCUCGGUGCUACAUAAAAUUCGCAUUGGUAUGGUCUUUCUAUUAAAUGUAAUUCAAUACAAAUGUAUAUGUAUCUGUGUUAAAUGUGAUAUUCAGUACAAUGGAACGAAUCGGGAUGUUUAUUUUUCCAUGUAUAUAUUUUGUUUUUACAUUUUACAGAACGCAUUAUCAUUGUGUAUAUUUAUAGAUAUAUUUUUAUGUUGAGUAAACUAGUAGGCUUGAA